UUGCUGCUGAGUCUGUGAGUGGAGCUCGCUGAGCCGGCUGCUGACUGCACAGUGGCCGGAUACUCGUGCUCACUGUUUCUCAUUCAAGAGAGGAGGAAGAACCCUUCACGGGAAGUUUAUACAGAAAAGCCGGAGAACAAAAUAAAAAGAGAAAGGACGGAGAAAUCAAAAGAGAAGCAGCGACUGAACUCUCCCUUUGCCCUUGUGCAGCAAGAUUUGGAGCGGCGAUGAAUUUUAAAACCCCCGAGGUGAAGAAUCUUAACCGGGAGGUGGAAAUUUACUGACUGCUGAGGCAUUUUUUAAACAUUGGAAAUGGGGGAGACAUCUGGUCCAACAAUAUAUUCUGAACAGUUUUUCCUGCCCAUUUUGCAGAGUCAAGCACUAACAAUAGGAGCUUUGGGUUCCAUGGAUGCCAGUUGCCAUUUGGUGUACCUUCCGUGGUAUGUUUAAAGGCAGACUGAUUACCUCCACUAACUGACACCGGCCAAGUGUCUUCACAGUUUAAGAGCAAGAUAGUGUCAAACCACUUAUCAACUGAGGUUGUCUAUUUUCAAUGCUGGAGUGACAAAAGAACUUAGUCCAGAACAUCAGCUGAAGAUGUAGCUCUUCAAUGCACAAUUGCUGUGUACUUUUGCUUCACUAUUACAAGAUACGUGACUGAGUAAAAUGCGUUCAGGGACUGAUCGUACAGAAAAUAAAUUUGCUUCAUUUACUUUUAACAAAGACUGUCAAAAACUUCCUCGACUAUUUUAUGAAGCUGAGCAGCAGCCAGUGAAAUUACUUGCAACACUGGAGGUCAAAGCAGAGCGCAGGUUUGGGUGGAGUGGACAUAUUUUUGCUUGGAAAGCCAAGCAUGGCACCCUGUUUUUGGGAGUAAUAAUACUAUGCUUAGUUAUGGCAUCUUAUAUUUUAACUAGAGACCAACAGAAAUUACUGCUGACUCCAUCCCCGUUCCAGUAUAGUACAGCCACAGAUAAUGAAGAAUUUCCAGAAUUGGACUCUGCAGAAAUUGACAGUGACAAUGAUGGGUUUUCCUCGCCAUUUAAUUGGUUAGAAAAAAUCACUUAUGCAACACCGGAACUCAUCACUGAAACUAGUGAUUCCAAACUUCAGCUCAUGCCAAGAAGACUGCCAGGGUGGGAGGAUCUUGUAAAACAAGAGGCACAUCUAUUUUCUGUCAUUCCAAGAAGGUUUCUUCAAAAUGUGAAGAACCAUUGUUGGUAUACAAGAUACACAGGGACUGCAUCCACGGACCCUUAUAAGAAAAAUGCCUAUUUUCUACACACAAAGCAUUUUCAGGCUAUAUUUGAUUACUUGAAAAAGGUAAUUUGGAAACACUUGCAACACCAUGGUGAUGAACACUACCGCCUCCGCUGUCUUCCUUACUUCUACAUCAUAGGGCAGCCAAAGUGUGGGACUACAGAUCUGUAUAACAGACUUCGCCUUCAUCCGGAAGUGAGUUUUUCCAUAGUCAAAGAACCUCACUGGUGGACAAGGAAAAGGUUUGGUAUUAUUCAGCCCUGGAAUGGGUUCCAUGACCGAUAUCUAAUUGAAGAUUAUCUGGAUCUGUUUGAUCUCGCAGCACAUCAGAUUCAGAGUCAGAUAGCCAAUUCAUCUGCUGAACAGCUAAUUAAAAGCAACAUGGUCAUUGGUGAGGCAAGUGCUUCCACAAUGUGGGAUAAUAAUGCUUGGCAGAAUUUCUAUCGUCGCACUACUAAUGGUGAACCACCAUAUUUAAUUCAGGACUUCCUUCAUGCAGUUCUACCGGCUGCUAAACUUAUUGUUAUGCUGAGGGAUCCUGUUGAGAGGCUGUAUUCUGAUUACUUGUACUUCAUAAGCGCUAACAAAUCUGUCGAGGAUUUUCAUGAAAAAGUAAAAGAUUCACUGCAAAUAUUCGAUGGAUGUUUGAUGCACUCUUCCCUUAGAUCCUGUGUGUACAACUGCACCGUGAACUCUGCUAUGCCUCAGGUGAGAUUGCAAAUUGGGUUGUAUGCAGUCUUUCUGUGGGACUGGUAUGCAGUUUAUAACCGAAACCAAUUCCUCAUUCUCCGACUGGAAGAACAUGCCGCUAACUUGAAAAAGAGUAUGCACAGAGUCUUCGAAUUCUUGAGCUUGGGAAAUUUGACAGAGCAACAAGAGGCAGCCAUCAUCAACAAUCCUGCGUCAAAUACCAGGCGUCCCAAAGACAAAAGCCUUGGACCUAUGUUGCCAGAAACUAGGAGAAUUCUCGAGGAUUUCUAUAGGCCAUUUAACGAAAAGCUGUCUUUGCUACUAAAUGAUGAUUCUUUCUUAUGGGAAAAAUAAAUACAGACCAAAUUCACAAAACUGUAAAAUAUCAAAUGUUUUGUAUAAUGCUUUUUUCACUAUUGUGGAAUGUUCAACAAAAUGUUGAUGUUCAAGUUAAAAAGUUAUUUUUUUAAGUUUAUUUUUAAACUCUUAUCUGAAGACUUGUCCAAAACUCAGCAAAAGGCUUGUUUGAAAUUUAACCCUAAUUAUAAAGAAUGUUAUCCAUAAUGCCCGCAUUUAACUUCCCAUGAAAUAUAUAGAUUCAUAACAUUUGACACUGUGACCAUCAUAAAUCAAAAGCCCUAAGUUUGUGUAAAUAAUUUUUUUAAAAAAGUAAUUCCUCAUGAUUGUUUUAAAUAUUUUGUAGGAUUUUCAAUGACACAUGUAUUUGGUAAAAAAUGAAAUCUUUGCAGAAUAUGUUUAAAUAUUGCUGCCAAACAUACAUAAGGGGUUUCAAUAGUGCCUACUUUAGUCUUCCAGGAAUUCAUAUACCAUAAUUAUGGUUUGGUAAUGGAUGUAAGAACUACUAUUUUUAACUUAUUUUCUAUUCCUUCCCUCCCUGUUGGUUCAUGCCUUGGAGCUGUAGAGGAAUCUCUCCAAUGAUUGUGAGGAUUCAAUUUUGCAAAAUUCAUUAUCUUCAUUUGCCACCAGUCAAGAAUAAUUGCAAACUUUUGUUUCCUGUUUGCAUGUUCUCAAACAGAUAAUCAGGCUGUCUUAGUUUUGCCUGGAAGCAAGUAAAUUAUGACUGGUGAAAUGUUAAUUAUUACAUCCAUGGAUUGAAUUGGAUAAAAUUCAGUGUGUUUUCAGGGUGCAUGUGCACAGAAAAACUAUUUUUGUGUGUAACACUCAGUUACUGUUAUACACAGAAGCUUGCACUCCAUAUUAUGCAAUUAAUCUAUGAUUUGGUUUUACUGGGAAUGCUUUGCUGUCCACAGUCACACCAUCUGUUUUUGUCAAGAACUGUUAGGAAAGAUUGUGUAGCAGUGCCCCCUAUUGUCCAAGUGGUUUAUAAUUAGAAAGAUAACUUACGCUGGUUCAAAGAAUCUUAAAUGUUUGUGGUAAUAGACGUUAAUUUGUCGUGAAAUGUCAAACUUCAUCAGAACAAAAGUUUUCCAAAGUUUGUCCUUGAAAACUGCAUCAGGAAGAAUAUGCUUUAACUGGUUGAUACUCCUUGGGAGCAUUUAGCAAUGAGUACCAUUAACCUGCCGAAUAGUGAAAGGGCUUUAAAUAUUUGAGAAUACUAAUAUUUUUCUGAAUUAAUUUUUAUAUUCAACAGGGCUAAUAGAAUAAUGGAACACCUUUUUACCUCUGUUACCUAGUCAGUUAUUUCCAGGUCAAGCUUAAUCUAGUGAUUUACAAAGUAAAGCAGAUUUUCAGUGUAGCUCAACAAUAGGUCACAACUUUCAGCGUCAUUAACCAGUUUUUUAAUACAAAUCUAAUGUCCUGUUUUUCUCUUUUUAGUUAGUGCUCUUUUUAAAAACAAGAGAAAAUGAGUGCAGAGGAAUUGAACCUUACAAAAAAAAGUGUAAAUUCAGAAAAAAAUAAAGUUUUCUAUUAAAUAUCCCUAAAACUCAAAAAUAGUGAGUUUAAAAGAGAAUGGCCCAAGCUAAAAAUCAAUCUCCAAUAACUUACGUUGGUCAUGGACAGUACUUCAAUGGAUCUCACCGUCAGAUUCUUGCUAAACUUCCAGAUAGUUAUUUUUAAAUUAAAGCUAAAAUAUAUAUUGUGGCUCCAACCUACUUACCUGUCAUUAUGAUGAUGGGAUAAUAAAUUGGAAAAUUAUCUACAGAGGCACUGUUGCGAUCUUGCUUUCAGUGAAAAAUGCCUUCAUCUGUGAACUGGAUCAGCCUAUGAUGACUUUAGUCUUCAAGGGGCUCUGUGGUAAUUUGACUGAGUUCAUUAUUGCAUUGUCCUUGCAGUAUUCUGGUGGUGCUUAAUCAUUACCUGACUGUAUAACAUGGGUGUCCACAGCUACUAGGAGUGUGGGGGAUGUUGGGGCGGUGGAGGUUAGGGUAAGCAACAACAUUUUGAAGGUACAUUUGAAUUUUUUAAUAACUUUUUUCUAGUUCCAUUCAUUGAGCACAAGGACACUUGCCCAAAUGUUCUGGCAUUGCUGGAUGUUUUAUCGAUGAGAUUGAGCAGUGGGAGCCAGCUGUUACUUAUUGGGUGUUUUUUUGGAAGAACAAAGGAAGACUGGCUCAUUGUUAGCCUCUCAUUCUCAUUUACAGGCAGUGGUGCUGCUGCCUAGCAAUCUCUAUGCAGAACUGGCAGCGUAGGUUCUGGAUUGGACCACAGCUACUCUGGAUAAUUCUGCAAUCUGCUGCAUGACUCCCUGUAUCAUCAGUCAUUUAAAAGUGGGGUGUGGGGGGGGUGGGGGUUGGUGCGUCCCUCCAUCACUUGGCCACAGUUUCCGUUUCCUGCUUCUGUGUUUCACUGUAUGGCAACCACUGAGUUUUAAACAACCAUUUUUAGAACAGGAACUUUCUUUACCAAGUCUGAAGUGUACAUUAAGAAUUAGUUUUCAUUAAGGCUGCCAUCAUUUUUAUUCCUGUUUAAGGACUGCUUGUUAAUUUCCUGCCCCUCCCUGAUGAUAUUCCACAUAUGGAGUGUGGAGGUAAUUGUUGAGAACCAUUGUUGCAUUCUGCAGCGUUACAAAUUUGCAAGCAUGCAAUGUAUAACCACAACCACCAGUUCACACAAACGUGUUAACUCAGUGCUAUGAAAACCACUGUAUCUCAAUACACUUCAUGCAUAAUUUGAAAACAUCAAGCCAUUUCCUAUUCAUUUCUAUAUAACUGACCACAUUUUCUCAUCACAGAUUGUUAAUUGUACUGCCUAUUUUUCUACAAUAAACACAAUUAAUCUGAA